ACUUUCCUUCCCCGGCCGUUCUGCUCAACCAUCCACUCACUCCCAUGCUCUCUGCACUUACAGAACGUCACAUCAAUUGCGGCACAUGAUGGGGUGUUGGCAGCUUUGGCCUUCAACACCUCCUCCACCCUCCUCGCAACUGCUUCAGAACGUGGCACAGUCGUUCGAGUCUUUUCCAUUCCCGACGGUGAUAAAUUGAUGGAAUUCCGACGUGGCUUAGCCCGGUACGCUACCAUUUGCUCUCUCAACUUCUCCACGGAUAAUCGGUUCUUGGUAUGUGCAAGCAAUACGGAGACCGUCCACGUCUUCAAGCUCUAUGGGUCGGCCUCUCCCCAGUCCUCUGCCAAAGUCGAGGACAGUGCUUGCACACCGGCAUCAUCUCAACUUACCACCGACACUAAUUUGGCCUCUACUACUGACGACACAACCUCUGCUAGCAGUUGGACCGGCAGUCUGGUAAACUGGGUUGGAGGAGCCCUUAAAGCGGGUGUUGCCUACCUCCCCAAUCCUGUGGCUGAGGUCUUUUCACAGGACCGCUCCUUUGCCUUUGCUUGGAUUCCUUCUGGUGCUGCUAACCUGGCAAAUGCGACUCCAUCCGCCGCUGGUCAAGCGAACGCCACGGCACCCAUAACUCCUCACGGUGACGGUGAGUAUGGAGGUAGCGGGCAGGCCGGCACAGCGUUUAAGAAGACUGCUGCUCUUCUCAGCUACGGUGAUCAGUACCGACUUUUGGUGGCAGGAUUGGACGGCUACCUCCACAUCUUCACCUUUGAUCCAGCCCGUGGAGGUGAAGCCACGCUGUUGCGAACUCAGAGGUGGGUGUUAGUGCCUGGUGAUGCUAAGAAGGAUGGAAAUUAUCGAGUGAUUAACUUUCGAAAUGUUAAAUACAUGUCGGAUGAGUUCAUUGCAAUUCGAAAGGCGAUUCGGAAGAGGGCAAAUAACUUCAACUCGGCAUUGAUGUUAUCUGACCUCCUCACUUCGGGUCCAGGUCCUUCAAAUAUCCCAUCUCAACAACAAAAACAGAGUCAAGGGCCCACUGAUACCUCUUCAUCCUCGCGCCGCAGUUUCGCCGCCGUCGCCAGUUCAAGCGGGGACUCUUCAGCAGCUCAGGAAUUGCUGGCGACGGAGGUGAUGAUGCUGGUCACCCCCUCGACUGCUCCUCAAGGUCACUGCUACGAAGCGGAGUUUCCUACCAUCCAGUCUUCCCAUCCCACUCCUUCGAGAAAAAAACACUAA